AUCAACAACGACAACGAAACGAAGCAUCGCCAGUAUUUGAUGGCUUCGUCGCGGACCUUUUCGGUACCGUCGUUCCGGCUGACGCAGUUGGCCCAAGAUGCAUACGAAUUGCCUCUGCAGACAUUAGCGAACACCCAUGAGUCGCAUCCUUCUCUGGGGCAUCUUUGCCUCCUGGUCUUUGAGGCCGUCCUCGAAGUAGUCUGUGUCAGUUUGCCAGGCUACAUCGUUGCGCGACUCGGCCACUUUGAUGCCGAGAAGCAGAAGUUUUUGGCAAACCUGAAUGUGAUGUUAUUCACACCAUGCCUGAUCUUCACAAAGCUCGCCUCCCAGCUUAACGCUGAGAAGCUUUCCGACCUCGCCAUCAUCCCCGUGAUUUUCGUCAUCCAGACCUUUGUGUCUUGGACCGUGUCCGUUCUCGUCGCAAAGGUGUUCCGAUUCAACAGACGCGCCUCCAACUUUGUCACCGCCAUGGGCGUCUUUGGCAACUCCAACUCUCUGCCUAUUUCUCUCGUUCUCUCGCUUUCGCAGACACUCAAGGGCCUGCACUGGGACAAGGUUCCUGGAGAUAACGACGACGAGGUCGGUGCCCGAGGUAUCCUGUAUCUCCUUAUCUUCCAGCAGCUUGGUCAGCUCGUCCGCUGGAGCUGGGGCUAUCACGUCCUCUUGGCUUCCAAGGACAAGUAUCCCGAGUAUCGCGAGCAGAUUGCCGAGGAAGGACAGGGAUAUCGCGAUGAAGAACAUGAGGAACCCGAGGUUGAGGUUCUAAUCGAGGGUCUUGAUGGGGAGACUGAGGACGAGGGAGACCGCCAGAGCAUCGAUUCGGAAAACUAUGACCCUGCCGGUCGCACGCCUAUUGCCCAUGCCUCCCGAGUCUCGCUGGCUGUUUCUAGCGAUGAUGAUUUCCUUGCCAAGAAGACCACUUCCAAGAACCAUCAGGGACAGACUGGAACCAACGGCUACCUUAACGGCAACCUCAACGGCAACGAGGGCGGUAUUGAGACAUUCCCCCGUGUCCCAUCGUUGGAAGACGAUGAAGAGUCCCGUGGUUUCGUUGGACGAGCGACUUCAUCCGCAAAGGCUCCUUUUGUUCGUCUCGGAAAGGUGACAUCAAAGGGUGUCUGCAACUUGUACGAGAAGUCCCCUGCUCCGGUCAAGUCGUUCCUGAAGUUCACGAAGCGAGUUGGUGUGAAGUUCAACACCUUCAUCUGGGAGUUCAUGAAUCCCCCGCUCUGGGCCAUGCUUAUUGCCAUCCUGGUCGCCUCCAUUCCUGCCCUUCAGCGUCUGUUCUUCGAAGAGGGCUCCUUUGUCCAGAACAGUGUCACCAAUGCCAUCCGUUCCAGUGGAGAUGUCGCUGUUCCGCUGAUCCUGGUUGUACUGGGUGCCAACCUUGCGCGUAACACGAUGGCCAAGGAUGAAGCUCUCGACCCCGAGGAGGAGCGCAUCGGUAACAAGCUCCUGGUCGCCUCCCUCCUUUGCCGCAUGGUCUUGCCCACCGCCAUCAUGGCUCCCAUGCUCGCGUUGAUGGCUAAAUAUGUGCCCGUCAGCAUUCUUGACGACCCUAUCUUUGUCAUUGUCUGCUUCCUGCUCACCGGCGCUCCUAGCGCUCUGCAGCUGGCUCAGAUCUGCCAGAUCAACAGUGUCUUUGAGAAGACCAUGGGCAGAAUUCUGUUCCAGAGCUAUGUUAUUUGGAUUCUUCCCUCCACCCUCAUUCUGGUAAUGAUGGCCCUUGAGGUUGUCGAGUGGGCUCGAUGAUAGAUCUCUAUGCUUCCUUAAUUGGAAAACCACAAACACGACAUUGAGUCGAUUCCGUAUGGAACUCGAUCGAUAUUGCUUUUCUUGAACAACAUUUUGCGGGCGUUGAGGCGAGGGUUAUACAAUGGACAAUAUACGAAUAGGGGCCACAAGGCAGAUCUGAGUUGUUGGGACCAGACCCGACUUGGAUGGAUUGGGCUUUUAGGAAAUGCGUCUUUUGCGCGUGUUAUCACAUCACUUGGGAUUGUCUGUAAGCAGCAAGGCCAAGUUUUGUUUAGAAUUAGUAUGAGGAACGACCUAGUAUAAGAGCUUGUAUUGUUCAGCUCACUUGAGUGUAGCAGCGGGCGUGAUUGCAAGCAUAGCCUGAUACCAACAUUAAAUAAUGAUAUUGUUUUGUCAUCAAUGACCUUCAAGUGCCCCUCGAUCAGCUGGUGCCAUUAACCAAGUUCCCCGUUGGCACGAUUUCCCAGUCUCUUACGGUUCCCUUCCAAUCGCUGAUGCGCACAUCUCUGAUAUCCACCGACACAACCCUGACCUCCUCACCAGCCACGAAGCAGUUCCGGCCACCGUCCUGGACGGCUCCAUUGCCGCCAUUGCCAUUGCUAUUGCCCUGCUGAAACCGCUGGAUGUCGACCUCCUCAAAGGUGUUGUUCUCGAGAUGCUGCUGGCGAUAAUAUCGCUCCUCCUCAGUCCCGCUGGGCACCAGACGGGCGGCACCCCCUAUGGUGGCACUGAUGCUAGAUAGCUGCGAUGUGUUGAGGUUGAGGAGAAGGGAAGCGAGACUGGAGCGUUGCUCGGGGCCGGGGGAGCCACCAGACAUGCGGCGGCCAUGGGUGGGUGGUCGAUGAGAAACCC